CUUGCAGACUUUGAAAACGCGCAAGCGUCGGCUUUUUUUUUGAUUUCGCAAAAUUCUACCGAAAUUAUAACAUUUAAAAGAAAUAAAUUUAUUACAGGGUUUUUAUCCAUCGUUAAAAAUUUUUUCGCGAACCAUGGACUACGAACGUAACAGAGCGUUUCCAUCGGAGACCCAAUUUUCGUACAUCGAAAAGAAGCGAGCGAUAAGACAACCAUACAUACCGAUAGAACACUGGCCGGAAAAAUACGAGGCGCCUAAAUUGGACGAGAGCGCGAAAAAAUUGAUUAAAAAAUUCAUCUUGGAACGCUACGAAACGACGAAUCAACGAUUUUUCAAUGCGGAAUGUUUGGCUGGACGCAGCAGGAUCACGAGCGAAAAUGUCGAGAACGAAGAGCCCGACGCGGGUAGCGAGUUGAUCGCUUACAUCAAGCAUCUGUACAUGACUCCGCCCAGCGAUCAAAUUCGACGUUUGCCAUACACGUCUACGAGAGUCUUCGGAUACGCCACACCUCAGAAUGGUAUACUGUCGUCUUAUCAAGACAGUUACGGCUUGACCGGUGGAAAAAUCAUGAUGCAAAAUCUUCAAAAGAUGUCUCAAAUGAUCGAGAGACGUCGUCUUCGCGCCAAAUUGCGAGCUUACAAUGUCGGAGCAUAAAAUCCUCACUUGAUUAAAUACAGUUUUAAUUUUUUCAUUGAACUAAAGAACAAAUUCGUUGUUUAUUUUUC